GAGUCCCUUGUGGAGUACCUAUACCAGCUGUAACCAAGGAACCAUCUAAUCCUAGGCUACAUUUAGCUGUGGCUGACCCUUUAAAAAGACCAUUCGGUUUUUCUGGUUUUGUGAUAUUCUUUAGGUUUUAGUGUAUCCUUUUGGUUGACCCAGACCACAUUUUCAUGUGCAAUUGAUGAGAAGUUUUGCCUGACUGGUUGGUUUUUUACAAACUCCAAAGCAGCUUGCGCUGUUAUAUUUUCAGAGACGAUGCAUAUGAAUAAAUUAAUUUUAUGAAGAAUCGGGCAAUUAACAAACAUAACAUCUGAAGGUAUCAUGAAGUCGCUGACACACGUAAGGCAUUUAAACUUUGAAUUGAACUAUCCCUUUAAAAUCUAAUUGACAGCUAUGGCUCAGUGCCUGGAUAGGCGUGGCUAGGUUUGUCAAACGGCGCAGUCUGCCUGCGCAGCCUCACAAUAUUCAGUUCCCAACGCAGGGGAUCGUGAGAGGAAAUUGGACCGUGCUUAUCCAGCCUGGCUUAGAACAAACCUUAUCAUACACUGGGGACGAGGUACAAACAGGUUUCUGUUCUUAAAUACGUUGCCACUGGAAACCCAAAAAUUGCAAUUCCUCCGCUGACUGUGGUGCUGUAGGUUUAGCUACUGAAGACCAGCGAGUGAAUUUCUGAGCUAGCAUCGCCCGACGUGACUGAGUGGGAGUAGUGCGCUACUGGUGCCGGUAUUCGGCCAGCGUCACUCACGAAGUGCUUCUGACAUCUGGACAUUUGAGUUAAGGACUCGCUGAAGGAAGAGCAGCACAGGCUGAGAGGAGUUGAACCACAGAGAUUUUACUGAAGAGCCCUGUCGCCCAUACCUGGAUCUUUGCAUUUGCAGAGGGGAUCGCCGGGAGGAAGUGCUGUGUCGGGUCGUCAGUGGCCUCUGGGAUGCGUACCCAUCUGUGAACCCCUGCAGCGGAGCAGAGAGAGGUCCCAGGACGGGGGGCGACGGGGGCGGGGCCGCCAUGCUGCCGGGGGUCGGCGUGUUCGGGACGGGGAGCACCGCCCGGGUGCUGGUGCCCCUGCUGAGGGGAGAGGGUUUCGUGGUGCAGGCGGUAUGGGGACGCACGGAGGAGGAGGCGCGGACCCUGUCCCAGGAGCUGGAGAUCCCCUUCUACACCAGCCACACUGACGACGUGCUGCUCCACCCCGACGUGGACCUGGUGUGCAUCAACAUCCCUCCUCCCCUCACGCGUCAGAUCGCUGUCAAAGCCCUGGGCAUCGGGAAGAACGUGAUCUGCGAGAAGGCAGCCACGUCGGCGGACGCCUUCAAGAUGGUGACGGCGUCGCGGUACUACCCGCAGCUGAUGAGCCUGACGGGCAGCGUGCUGCGCUUCCUGCCGGCGUUCGCGCACAUGAAGCGGCUGCUGGAGGAGGGCUACGCCGGCGAGGUGCAGACGUGCGACGCCCGCGUCUACUGGGGCAGCCUGCUGAGCGACACCUACGGCUGGAGCUGCGACGAGCUGAUGGGCGGCGGCGGCCUCCACACCAUGGGCUCCUACAUCGUGGACCUGCUCAGCCACCUGACGGGCCGGCGGGCCAGCCGCGUGCACGGGCUCCUGCGCACCUUCGUGCGCCAGAACGGCGCCAUCCGCGGCAUCCGCCGCGUCACCAGCGACGACUUCUGCUUCUUCCAGAUGCUGAUGGGCGGGGCCGGAGGGGGAGGGGGCGGGACCGGGGGCGGGACUGGCGGGGGAGAGGGCGGGGCCGGGGGCGUGUGCUGCACCGUCACGCUCAACUUCAACAUGCCGGGCGCCUUCGUGCACGAGGUGAUGGUGGUGGGCUCGGCCGGGCGCCUGGUGGCGCGGGGCACGGACCUGUACGGCCAGAGGAACGGGGCGUGCCAGGAGGAGCUGCUGCUGGCCGACCCCUCGGGCCAGGAGGGGCCGGAGAGGGGGCUCCAGGACAUCCCCCCGCCCUACCUGAAGGGCAUGGCCUGCAUGGUGCGGGCCCUGCACGCCUCCUUCCUGGGCCAGGAGGACAGGCGCUCCUGGGACCUGAAGCCCGUCGCCACGGCGGCCACCUUCGAGGACGGCCUCUACGUCCAGACCGUGGUGGACGCCAUCAAGAAGUCCAGCCGCUCGGGCGAGUGGGAGCGCGUGGAGGUGAUGACCGAGGAGCCCGACGCCAACCACAACCUGUGUGAGGCCCUGCAGAGGAACAACCCCUGAGCGGGGGGAAGGGGGCGGGACCGGGGGCGGGUCAUCCAGGGGUUACGCCCACCCCCAGGACACUUUGGUACAGAAGUAGCCGCCCCCUUUGUCCUCCUCCGUGAGUGAUUGCACAUACAAGUGAAUGCGGAUGGUAUACCAUGUAAAUUUGCUUCAUGCUUUACUUUGAUAAAUAUUUGUAUUUAUUUCGGUGUACCCUUACCCCUAUUCCACACAGACUGACGUGCACUAGGUGGAGAACACGGAGCAGCCGUUGUACUGUAGCUUGUAACUGGUCCGCUUGCAGUGGAGACUCAGGGCGAUUUAUUUAUUGCUAUUAUGUUACCGUUUCCGGACUUCCUGACUGUACAUUUGCACCUUACUGAAACACAAGCCCCAUGUAAUGCAACUGCAGCCUUCCCCCCCCCCCCCCCUUGUUCCUGCCAGCUUCCAGCAAAUCUAGGUCAGUUGUAAAUUACAGAAGAAUCCCAUGAAUGCCGUAAUUCUCAGAGGGAACAGUGUUCCUGGAUGCGAGCGUCUUGGUGAGUUCUGUCACCGCCCAAUCGCUCUGCUCUGCUGAUGAACUGAGCGAUCUCCCAUGAGGAGACAGAAGUAAAUGUGAAAAAAAAUCGCCUUACCCAAAGAGUACUGGGGACCAGGGACCGCCCCUCACUGGCCCAGUCCCAAUCCUUUAGCUUCUCCGUACCCCAUCACAUGCCAUUGGAUCUGUGGAAGCAACAGCGUUUUGGAGUCAGCUGGAACUCAGGGCAUUCUGCAUUGGCCUGCUUCAUCAGAGCCACUGAACUAUGUAUUUUUUUCCUUUCGAAGGGCAAGGAUUGUACGUGUAACUUGUGAAAUUAGCUGUAUAAUGUUUGUUUUUUUUCUCUCUUCUUUUUAUAAACUGUAUUACUGUUGUUAGUCGUCCUGCUGAGUUGGGAGUUUUGCCCGUUUCAUUGGAGCAACACUUCUCUCUGGGUCCAGUUGAGCAGCCAAUGGGAACCAGUGGGAAAUUGAUGCCCACAGUGGGUGGGAGGAGCUUUGCCCCGGAGGCUUUGCUCCUACCGCCACACAGGUGCAGCCUUUCUAGAACUUUCCAGAGUCAUUCCUUUGUGUGGUGGCUGGCCUGCUGCAGAAAGGCUGCCCGGGAAUCUCCCAUAUGGGUGCUACACAUUGGUGGCCAUAGAGGUGUUUCCCCUACCCUGCGAAACAUUACAGUGUCUCCUGCUCUUAAUGGUUUCAUUAACGGUGCAGUUGCCAGAGACAAGCUUUAUCAAAAAUGCUAAAUUAUGAACUGUGAAGAUUCUUCUCUGUAGUCCUUGUGCCAGUGAGUUACUGCUAUUACUUUUGACUACUGUUUUCUGCUAUGGAGGGUAAUGGUCUCUCGUUUUACUGCUGGAUGAGUUAAGUAUCUAGCAGAAGCUAGCAAGAAGGUAAUGCAACCUGUUGGAACCUGAUAUAACCUGCUUUUAUUUUGCAUCACUGUGUAUUACAUAUCAAAUAAGCCCUGAGAAUUAACCCCCCAACCACUGCCAUAUCUGCAAACCCAAUUAGGUUUCACAGUAACCUGCUGCCAUGGUCACUGUACCAGCAACCUCACUGAAUCGCCCUUUGUUCCAACAUCGCUGUGAGCACAGCGAAACAAAAAAUGUUCAUCUUCAGCUUCCUCUAACAGGCCAUACCAUUCCAGUGAUAGUCCGAGGAGCUGUAUCACUUCUUCUAAUAGGUAUUCAUUACCAGACCAAAGGUGGUUUAUCAUGCAAGCUCAAUAUCACAACAAGCCUGGAGAAGAAUGGUCUUUGUGUGGAUUAUCCUGUAAUCUCCCCCUCCUGGGAUGGAUCAGAGAGGUUUUGUUGUUUUUGUUCUGGUUUCUCCUUUUCUAAGUUCUCGCCCUCCAGCCCACGAAGCCGGCCUGAAUGCCCCGAACGGCAGAGCUUUCGCCGUACCUGCGGUGUCACCGGCGGCUGGUGUGCGAAUGGUCGAGAGUUCUCCCCCCAGUUUUGUUUCCUCUAUACAACUGUGAACACGAGUAGUUUCUAAAAGCUUCGAGUUUCACAAACUGCUCCGUGCGCCUGCGUAUGUAUGCGCAUUUCUGCGCAGGCGUGAAACUUCGCAUCACUGUACCCGCUGAUCCCUGUGAGGGGCGCAGUAGAGUGUUUACAUUUUCAAUAUGAGUAAUGUAUUUCUGUAGCUUGGGUUCAUGGUCCAGUACGGAGAUUAAACUGGCAUCAGUUCAGAUCAGGGUAGAUGUUCAUAAAGUUCUGAGUGGGAGCACUGACCUAGGAUCAGUGAAGCCUCUUGGCUCAUGCUGGAUAAGGUUAGAUUAUGGCUAGGGAAAGCUUGAACCUGAAUCAGCUCUUCUCCUCUGAGAUACUUUGUAACAUGAAAUAUGGGCCCGGGAUUUGGGUUUAAAGUGGUUAAAGCCCAACAUAGACCCGGGCUAUACACUGAAUGUGAGAUGAGUGGGGCUCACUGCUGGUUCUUGUCUCAGAGAGAAGGAUAUAUAAAAAUGGGAAAACUAGCAUAAUUUGCCAUUUUUAAAAAACUAAAAGAAAUAUGGAAAGAAACUUUUGCCAGGGUGUUAAGACAUUGUGUUGCCUUCAAUUUUGCGGCAAAAAAAAAGUUUUUUUUAUUUUUUUUAUUUUAUUAAAUAACAUCUGGGCCCACAGCCAGAUAGUCGGAUUACCCCUCUACACAGAAUGUGUCAUUUUGUGCAAGGUGACAAAGCUAUGCUUUGAUUGCAUCAUUUGGAAGACAUAUCAGUGGCUUUCUUGAAUACAUAAGUUCUUCAUCAGAGGAAGACUUUGCAUCACGAGGAUAAGAAAUUAACCACACUCUACAGAGGGUGAGGGCAAUGACUGGAGUAUAUGCUCUGUACAGUAUGAACACUGUAUUUAUUUUACAUUUGUUUUUCCUUUAAAAUGUCUCUUAAUGACCUAUUUAAUAAGAUGUUCCGUUUAAGGACAAAAUAUAAAGAAAAUGUCACGGGAUGUACAUAGUUUGUAGAUGAAUAUUUAUUUCUACCUGGUAGUUUUUAUCGUUAAAAGUUUUAUUUGGUAUAAUUGGUCAGUUUUUGUUUUUUUUCCGUUUUUUUUCUUGUUCUUGUUCUUGUGUGGUAGUUCAAAAACCAUACCGUUACUUUGAAUGUAAUGUUCCCACUGAAUAAAUACAUUGUAGUCGA